AUGAGGGGCUCUAUAAGUACGGACUUUUUCAAGUUUUUCAGUGGCGGUGGUGGAAAUCAGAAUAAAAAGACCACUCGAGAUGGGCAACCCGCCAAACGAAGAGGACCAAAACCCGAUAGCAAGCCUGCUCUUACGAGACGACAAGAGUUGAAUCGUCAGGCGCAGAGGACUCAUCGUGAACGGAAGGAACAGUAUAUCCGAUCUUUAGAGAGUGAAGUCGCGCGAUUACGAGAAGCAUAUACCCAAGAAAUUUCGGCUGCCAAUCUUGCUGUUCAUCAGCACCGUGAAAUGAUCGGUUCUGUAUCGGAGGAAAAUAACAUGCUAAAGGACAUACUUGCGACACACAACAUCAACUUCGAGGCUGAAUUGGAACGCCGCAAGGCUGAGCGUCCAAUGCCAGGAUUUCAGUCCAGCCCCGUUGCAGCUGGGAGCGCUGGAUCACAGACGGGCAUGGCUUCGAUGACCGCGCAUACCUACAGCACACCGCCGACGACAGUGUCUUCAGGGAUGAGCCCGAAAGCAAAUGGGGUGGAAAAGGUCGAUUUUUCGUCUGCACCAGACGUUGGAUCAAAUAGUCAGGCAAUCGCCGCAAUGCCGUGCGAUGCGCUCGCGGCCAUCGAUCGGCGCCCGGCUGUUGUUGGUGGUGGUGGGGGUGUCUUUGAAGACAAUCCCCAACUUCAAGUUGACUUUAUCUUGGCGCUGGAAUCACCGUGUCGAGAACAUACGGAUUACCUUUGCCGGCGGUCUGUCACUGAAGCCGAAGACGAAGACAUGCCGUUCUCUGGACAUGCGCUGAUGGCUACGUGCCCACCACCGAGCUACAUUUCCAACACGACGAACGAACAAGUAUAUCCACACAAGACAUACGACCUGCCGCAUGCCAAUCUGUCAACUCUCCUUAAUCUCAGUCGGCAGCUAGUAACGGAAGGGCAAGUCACACCGAUCAUGGCACUUCAGGCUUUAAAGAGCCACGAUAUGUAUACCAGAUUGACGCGGGAUGAUGUGAAGUUGAUUAUGGACACGCUCGAAAACAAGGUGCGCUGUUACGGAUUCGGCGCGGUGGUCGAGGACUUCGAACUCAUGGACUGCUUUAGCAGCGUCCUUGGGUCGAAGUUUGAGGGCGCCGCCUUCUCACAGCCUACCGACGAGAUGUAUUCAUGA